AUUCAGCUUUCAUCCUAUAGAGGUCCUGUAUUUCAGCAUUUUCAAACCCUCUCAUGUCAUCUGUUGGAUCAUUGUAUCAACCAAUUCUUCGGGACGAAAAUUCUGAACAACUGAAGCGCCAUCUGCGAUUUAUUAGGAUAUCCUUGCAAUUUCUUCCCUUGUUGUAGAGUUGUCUUAAUUGAGAGUGGAUCGCUGUAAUAGUAAUUUUGUGUUGUUUGUCUUUCGGUCUGUAUUGUGUAAUAUACAGAAAACAGAGUCCUUAUCUGUUCGCUUCUCGUUACUCUGACUCAUGUUUAGUUGGCUUUUUAUACAUUCCUUUGUGUGGGUCCUAUCAUUCUAUUAUGUUCGAUGGGUUUAUCAGUUCAAGAACCGACCGGGGUACUGUUAUCUCGUGGGAUAUGCGUUUUGUACGUUUUGCUUUUUGAUCAAUAUCAUUUUCAUCAUAUGUUCGAUUGUUUCCAUGAUAAAACAAGUUGUGUGGUGGUACAUUAUUAUUCUGAUAUGCUGUAUCUUCCAAAGCAUUUACUGGAUGCUUCUCACUUGGGACAUCUUCAAAAUCGCCUCCAUUUCGGUUUCCAACUACGACGAAUCUUAUUCCCUGCUCUCUCUUCUUCGACUCUCUUGGAUCUCUGAGGAAUUAAAGCGAACCAACAAGAUCGUUUCAGUGAGUUUAUUAACUCUCUUUUGUCUCGGUCAAUUCGGUGUCUCUCUCUAUUCUCACUGCGAGUCUUCGGUUUCCUGGUUCUCUCUGGGUCUUUCCGGUCUGUUCCUCCUAACCACACUGUUGUUCCUUCCCCUCUAUGGAUGCCAGACCCGAACGAUUUGGCUUCGCCGCGUGCUGGUCGUGCUGAUUCCGAUGACGCAGCUGGCCUUCGGAAUUCUAUCGAACUGUUAUUUUAACCGAUUGGUGUGCUCUGCGAACAGAGGAUUGUGCGAUUCGAGGAAUGAAUUCAUUGUGUAG